AUGAUUCCAUACAAACCUAUCAUAAACUCCCCGUUCGCGUCCCGCUUUCCUCUCGUCAUCACACUUCUAUGUAUUAUCCUGAGUAUAUACGAGAUCGUCACGUCAAAAGUCCACGGUAAAAACUGGAUGGAGAAAACCCAGACAGACAAGAAGGAGCAGAAGCAUGUGGUGGUGCUGUUGCUUGCUGCGUUAAGGUAUGUCCUCUACGACCUCGCCAGCAUUUGUUCUACCGUGCCAUCCUACAACCGAGAUAUAGAGAUUUCCUCCCGUUUCAUCUUCCUCGCGCAGAAACUAAUGAUACCUAACAGCCUUGUAAGCCUGAUCACAUCCAUCACGGCACGCUAUCACCGCGCCGCUUGGAUGGCUGAGAACCCCGACUGGAACAAGCGCAGCCCGGACUGGACGAGGUUUGCUUACGUGCCGAACAAGGCGCGUUGGUGGCAAGUGUGGAGCGCGCUGAAGGAGAGUAUUCGUGGGCCGAAGCCUGCGCCCCUGUUACCGACGACCGAGGUACGCGUGGCUGUGGUCGACGAGUCGACUGAGAAGGAGAAGGACUGUUGGGACGCUAUUAGGGAGGACGCUGGACAGAGACUUGAGGAAGAAGGAUAA